UUUACACUGUCCUCAAAAGGAUAUUUAGUAUCUUAAAGUCGUCCGACUACAAUUUUACAGUUUAUUUACACAGUGAAUCAAUCCCUUGGUGUUAUAGUAACGAGGUUAGGUUUCCAGAGACCUCUCGUGUGAUCUCGGGCUGCCCCGUGAUGCUGCAUAUUUUGCUUAUCAACAACAGCCAAGAGUAUUUUAUAAGCCUUCAUCUUAAAUUCCACUAAAACACUGGCUUACCAAGAAAGGAAGAAUGAAGCUGAGCAUCUUCACAGUUGAUGCCUUUGCACAGAAGCCUUUCACUGGGAAUCCUGCUGCGGUGGUUCCUCUCUCCCAGACUCUUCAAGACUCGGUUCUCCAGAACAUAGCCGGGGAACUGAACUUGUCCGAGACAGCUUACGUGAUUCCUGUGAAUGGAUCUGCGAAAACAGAUGAGAAUCUGCGCUGGGCUGAAAACAGUCGAUUCUCUCUGAGAUGGUUCACUCCUACGAAUGAAGUGCCUCUGUGUGGUCACGCCACCCUGGCCACAGCCCAUGUGCUCUUCCGCCAUCUUGGCAACACCAACAAGCAAAUCGAAUUCGAAACAAAAAGCGGAGUUCUGCUAGCAAGAAGGUCCGGAGAAAAGAUCGUACUAGAUUUCCCAAAAAAUCCUCCAUGCGAACUCCAUCCUACUCUCAAGGCUGACUUGGCCGGGCUGGUGAAGGCCAUAGCGAAUGAUAAUUUGCCCUUGAAGGAACUCAAGAUUUCACACGAAACGAAGAAGCUGCUGAUUCGUUUGGCUGACUCUUGUACGAGGAAGGACCUAGAGAGCCUAUGCCCCGACACUGGUCUCUUGAUGAGCCUCCAUGACGGUACCGUGAUCAAGGGAGUCGUGGUGACUCUCAGAGGACGACUACCUUUGGAAGAAGAAGAAGAGAAAGCGACAACUAACGAAGAACAAGCUAACAAGGAAUACCAUGUUCUAUCUCGCUACUUCGCUCCUUGGAAUGGUAUACCAGAGGAUCCGGUGACAGGAGGUGCUCACACUGUCUUGGCUCCCUACUGGUCUGAGGAACUUGGAAUAACUACGCUUAAAUGUCGGCAGUGUUCCCCCAGAGGCGGAGACUUGGAAGUUACGACUCGGAGUGACGGUCGAGUCGACCUGGCGGGAAGAGCCACUACCGUCAUUCAAGGAUCCAUAAAUAUCUGAAAGACUUCUGAAAGAUACUAAUGGAGGACUUUCUGCGAGUCGUUUGAAGGAUGCUGACUCAGAGGUUGAAGGCACGUUUACUGGAAUGGCGUUUUAAGUAAAAUAUCGCGUUGCUAAGCUUGUUUCAGUUGUGUUUACUUUGAUAAACAAUCUAUGAUGUAAAAAUUGUCGUCACACAACUACUAUGAGAUUCAGGGCUUCUGUAACACGGUUUUUUGGCAAUAACUUUUUAUUUAUGCAUUCCAUAGAUAUAACGCUUAUUCAGAAUACACAUUAUAUCUACACAUAAAUUUUGACUGUAUUCUGCAUUACGUAGGUUGAAUAAAUUUGGUACUUAUAAUGUAAAAGUGACUUUUUUUUUAAGACGGGCCAACUUACUCAGAGGUAAGGUUUCGAACGUACUCGUUACGUAACUUAUGACAGCAUUUCUUCCCUCUCUCUCGAUGGAUGAUUGGCUAUACGUAACGAAGGCUAUACCUCUGGCAACAAUGACAAAAAUUUAAAUACAAGCAAAGCAGUACACCUUUAUGAACUCUGAAUCCUCUCUACUGAUAAUUGUCAUAAUGGCCAAACCAACAAAAUAUGUUAAUAAAUACAAAAACACUUUGAUUAUCAGCCUAACUCCCAAAAUAAGUGUCCUAAGAAAUUAUAAUCUACUUUAUAGGUCACAAUCAGAUUGACAAGAUGUAGGGAAUAGUUGGUAAUUUUCAAAGACAUAGUAGACAAGCUUGAUUUGAUAACUGCUAAAUCCAAUGUCAAGCAAUUUUUAUUUAUCGGCUAUCUACCUAUUUACUAAAAAAAGAAAAAAAAUAGACGGUACCGUAUUUUGGCUUUAAACCUUCACCAAUAAUUAUCGUCAGAAUGAUGACUUCAUGAGGCUCCACCCACUUUGGCCUCUUUAUAAUUCAGGAUAACACUGAAGGCUAUCAUGGACAUUGUUGUAUUAGAAAAUCUAACUUCUGGCUAUAAAAACUUAUUUCUCGAGUAGUUGUAAGAAGUGCUAAACGUUUAAUUCAUGUAAUUGCUACUAUUACUAAUUUUGCGGCACUAAUGCUACAGUAGUAUUACUACGCUAGCACAGAUACCCCACCCACAUCUAUGUAUCGUUCCGCCAUUCAUAAGUCUUUAUAUCCAACAUGGUCGUACAGACUAAAGAAGAAGAAGAAAAAAUUAUAUCGGAUGAUCCGUUGGUCUGCUGGAGAUUUUAGCACAUAUAAGCUUGUUUUUACUUUGGAUAAAAAUCUUAUUUUAACAAAAAUAGUUAUAUAAAUACUGUUUACAUACAAUCUCUCUCUCUCUCUCUCUCUCUCUCUCUCUCUCUCUCUCUCUCUCUCUCUCUCUCUCUCUCUCUUGGUGGCAUAGUGAAUAGUUAAUGGAAAUGUUCAAAAUCCUGAAUGAGAUUACAAGUAUUAUAAUCACAUUACGCUAAAUACAAAUCAGACCAUAAACAUUGGAUUUAAACUAGAAACUGACUAAUUACCUAUUCAGGCUAUAGUAAGUAUGGCCACGGGCUUUUUCUUGACUGUAUAAAGUUGCAAGUCGUAAGACAAAUGCAGUUUUGCAACCACGGGGACAAUUCCAAAUCCUUUUAGCCAUUCUUGAUUACUAUGGGUUUCAGAGCCGAUGGAAUAAGGUGAAUGGGUUUCUGUCUGGUGGAUGGGUGGGGCAACAUUUCGUAAAACGAUGUUUACCUUGCUUACGUAAUGAAUGUUUUUCGACUCUUGGCUCGCAAUCAUUGGCCAUGGCGUCGGCUAGAUCAUUUUUACUUUAUAAAAAUUAAAACUAUCGGGUUUAGGUUAUUGAUAAUGCUGACAAAAUUUGCGUGUAGUUGUAAAUUAAACAUAUGUCAACUUUCAGCUACAUCCGAUGCUUUGAUAAGGAGUAAAAUCCAAAAAACCGUGUUACAGAGGCCCUGAAUCUCAUAGUAAGUAUAUAUACUUAGACGCGCACACAUUAUAAAUAUAUAUAUAUAU